UCCCUGCUGCCUUCACCAAGCAGAACCACUCUGUCUGUGAGACUGUGUGUAUCUUACGGGAGUUGGUAGAAUAAAGAAGCACAAUGCGGAUUCCUCUUUGUCUCGUCACUCUCAUUUGGUUAUCUAAGACCCAAGCCAAAGAUUACUGUGAACAGGUCAUCUCUGAGUGUAAACAAAGUGGCGUCCCCUGGACCAGUUGUUAUGAGGACAGAAUUGUAACCUGUCAACCAAGAAGCCGUUUUUCAACAAACUUUAUUCGUAUGAUGGUGAACUCAUCGCAAGAGGCUGAAGUGAGGCUCGGUUUAAAUCAUAGUGUCCGCAUCCCGUCGUCAGCUCUCCAAAGAAGCAGAGGAGGAGCUGGAUCUGAGGAGGAGGUACUGCUGGUGGCCACUGUGAUCAGCAGCUCUCUGUUCGAGCUGAGUCCUCAUGUGGGAAGAGGAAGAGGAAUAGCACACAUGCCAGUCUGGCAAAACGCUGUCAUGGGAGAGUCUGUCCUGGUAGUGAGGGCAGGGCACUAUCCUGUCAGAGAUCUCGCACAACCAAUAAAGUUAACCUUCAAACCUAGCAAACAGGUGAAACAUGGAACUUGCGUGUUUUGGCAGGAAUCAAAUCUGGAUGAUGGGACAGGUCAUUGGAGCUCGUAUGGCUGUAAUACAAGCUGCACUGACACUGAAGUUAGCUGUAGCUGCAACCACCUGAGCUUCUUUGCUGUGCUUGUGAACCCUGUAUUAACAGUGGAAAAACGCACUGCUGUGACCUUAAGCUAUAUCACCUACACUGGAUCAGCUCUCUCUGUCCUCUUCACAGGCAUCAGCUUAAUCAUCAACAUAUGUCUACAACGACGGCGCCCAGAGAAGUCCAUCAGUGUGCAUACGCAACUAACAGGAGCGCUGCUCUGCCUCCACCUCAGCUUCCUGUUGUGCAGCCUCUUGGUGGGGCUGCUGAGUGAGAACGAGGAGGGCUGGGUUUGCCGGGUUCUUGGUCUCUUUUUACACUGGUCCCUGCUGGCCACCUUCAGUUGGACGGCUCUGGAAGGAUUCCAUCUUUACCUUCUUUUAGUCAAAGUCUUCAACAUCUACGUCAGGAGAUACCUGCUAAAACUCAGCUUGGUGGGAUGGGGUAUUCCUACACUGACUGUCAUGGUCUGUGGGAUUUCAGGUGUUUAUGGCAAAUACAGUUUGGAACUUAGGGAUGACAGCAAUCACAAUUCAACAGCACAGAUGUGCUGGAUGAGCAGCCAGUUCCCACAGAGGCUUUUAGUCAGCUAUAUCACCACUGUGGCCUUCCCAUGCUUGGUGAUACUGUUUAAUUUCUGCAUGUUGGGACUGGUGGUGUUUAAGCUCUGGGGACUGAGAAGCGAUGAACAUAGUGAGCACGGCAGUGGCUGGAAGCAUAUGAAGAAAGAGAAUGGGACCAGGGUAUGGAAGGACUCUGUCACAGUGCUGGGCCUCAGCUGUGUGCUGGGCUUACCUUGGGGAUUAAUAAGCACCACCUACAUGUCCCUCGCUGGGAUCUAUGUAUUCACUAUACUAAACUCUCUGCAGGGGUUAUUUGUGUUCCUGUGGUCUAUGGCUCUGACCUGCAAGUCUCGAUCUAACAAUAACUCUUCAGUCAGAGACCCUUCCUCUCAGAAAAUGAUGACUACCAGUUUCAAUAACUGAUAUUCACAGCUAAAACACAUGCCUUAUCCAUUGCCUAUAUUAGGUCAUAUGCAGUUAAAUAAUAAUUAAGUAACAAAAACUUGAUUUCUCGAAAUUUCUUUGAAGAUUGCAACCGAAAUCGUGCAUCAUGAACAAUAACCUUGUGAUCAUUUAUUGUUGACUUGAUUCUGUUUUUUUAUGGUUAAAAGGAACAGGGACAAUUAUCAACAAUUUGCUGGUGUGAUUAUAAAAUACAAGCAUUUUAGAGCAGCAACUGUUUUACUGUUGUAUUACAUGUUGAAACCGAAGACAGUGUUUUGAUGGCCAAAAGGCACAAUUUCACAAAAUGGACACAGCAUCACAUUUGUCUAGUAUGACAGCAUAUAGCAUCUGAAUUAACAUAGUAAUACUGUCUUUGUUGCUAUGUUAAAUAAAUCUAUCCUACACAUUGCAAUUUAUACACUGACAGAAUCUAACAUUCUAACAUUUUCUGAGCAUUCUCACAAAAUAUAUGUUUUGCUAACAUGUCAGCUAGGAUAUGCUAAAUUUGACAGUCACAAUAGCUCUUCAAACUAUUUUUCUUUCUCUCUAUAAUGUGCUGUGUAGUCCUCAAGAUAUUUGGUCAAAGUGCUGUGCAUCAUUUCAUUCAAUUGAGAGUUACUGGAUGGAGGAAAAAAGUUACCUUGCUAUUGUUCAGUGAUACAAAUUAACUUAUAAGAGAUCACAAAAGAAGAACAUGGCAAUUCUAUGAUUACACUGGAAUUAAUAGAUUUUUCACUAUUGUAAAUGCUGGUAGCACUCUCAUGUGGACACAGCUGCUAUUACCAGUAAUAUUUCCAUAUUUACAGGUUUACAUGAGAAACUGACAGCGUGGCUCCUUUCAGUUUGAACCGUUGCCUGUUCGACCUGUUUUGUGGGACAUUGCUGCAGAUCUUACCAUGUUUAUCUGUUUCUAUCAUUGUGUUCUCUGUUCUGUUGAUUGUUCAUCAUUUGUUUUUUCAGUAUUUAUCUAUGUGAGUUUUUGCUUUUGUCUUUUUGUUUAGUGACAUGUUGAUAUUUUAAAUCUAUUGUCAUCAUUGUGUGGAAGUGUUCCUGCUUCUGCUGGUGCACAUACAACGUUAAUGUAACAGUGGCAGAUCAGCGCCAUCUCUUGGCUAUACAAGUUACCACUUUAUUCUUGAAUAAAAAGAUGAAA